AUGUGGAGUUCGUUACGCAAGAAAAAGCCUAAGAAAUCCUCUUUGCUGCUACGAGAAAGUUCGUCGGAUCCUGCUGCAGCAACUCCUCCUCCACCUUCCAUCAAAAGACACGCGGCAACAGAGCCUAGGGAUAUCAGCAACACUCAAACAAAGUCAGGUGGCGGUAGUGAUUCCAGUAACGCAUCUAUCAAGAAGUUUCUCUUCUGUGCCAAGGAUACGGGAAAGCAUUUAGAAGAACAGAGGGGAGCGCGACGAAACGGCAGUGAAAACAGUACCAUUCAGAGCAGUCCUCCUUCAACAGCAUCACCAGCAUCUGGACCUGAUAGUCCUACACAAGAAGUAACAAGGCACUUGGAAGUCGUAUUUGAUAAACCGAACUCGGCGUCUUCACGUGUUGUGGAAACUGUCCGGCGGAAGCAACCAAAAGUCAACACCGGGGUCGAUAUUUACGAUCAGCUCUCAUCACCACCCAAGAAGUCGCCUCGUUUGGGCACCCCUAUGAAACACUAUUCGGACGCUUCAAACGAUUUGAUGAGAACACCCAGCCGAAAGGAGCAACAAAAAAGUCAAGAGCCACAAAGUCAAGAACCGCAAAAACUAGCGCCGUCACCAGACUCAUCAUCUUUCAACAGUUUUGAUUUUGCCAUGCCCGAGAGUGCGAAUGACAACUAUCUGUCUCCCUCUGUAGCAGCCAGAGCUGCUAAUCGGAGGGCCAAUGCUAUGAAGACACCAGGUCAGGGCAUCCCUACACCACACAGGAAUCAAAAUGGAAGGGCCUUCCCACAUCCUCUCUCGAACUUGCAAUCACCAAUGCCAGAAGAGCAAGUAUCCUUCGAGCACCAUAUAUCCAUGAAUGGAGGUAGUAUAGCUUCCUCAAUUCAACAGAAUUCCACUCAUGAUCUGAACAACGAAGAUGAUGAUGCCUUGAAGCCACCAGAAAGUACGGUGUCCCCUCAAAGCAAGACAUAUACUCUCCAAGAAGUCCAAAACAUGAUUCUUGAAGCAGAACAGAAAAUCCAUGCAGAAUGGACAGAUCGACAUGAACAAGAACUUGCCAGCUUUGAGGCGGAUGUCGAGAAGUCUUUAGUGGAACAGGGCAAGCAAUGGAAGAAGGACGCCGAAGAAGAGUACUCUCGUCUUCAUCGCGUGAUUCAAAGAGAGAAACAAAUGUCGGCACAAUCUCAAGAGCGACUAAACCAACAGUCCAAGCAAAUUUUUGCUUUGGAGACUCAACUUGACGAAGCGAGACAACAACAGCAAGUACAAUCCAGCACCUCUGCUGAAGUGCAGCAGUUGAGGCACGAAAAAGAGACCGCAGAGAGCAAGAUCGAACAGCUAGAGCAAACACUUUCUAAUAUGCAGAAACUUCGAAUUACUCAACGAAAUGAGAAUGUGGCCUCGACACCAUCGGAAGACCAAAAGACCCUCAAUGAUGAAAUCGUACGGUUGCAAAGCGAGAAAGAUCUUGCGGAACGAAAGUUGCAACAAAUGAACUCCCAGCUAGCUGACAGCCGAAAGGGUCGGGCUGCUACACAGGUGCAGCUACGAAAUGCCAAGGCGGAAAUCGAGGCUCUCCAGAAACAAAUGAUGGAUGGUUCUGUUGGUAUGCCUUCUACCAUUUUCUCCGAGGCAUCCACACCCCUCAACAGCAAUUUGAAUGACGACCUGAAAGAGUCGAUUCGACGACUCGAACAAGAAAACUCACAGUUGUUGCAACAGCAGGAAGUCCUCCAACAACAAAUUGCCGCGGCGACUGAAGCGGCAUCUCAAGCAACUGAUGCCAACAACGUUACAAAACUAAAGAAGGAACUCUCACAAGUCACCAAGCAACGAGAUGCUUAUGAAAAGUACGUCAAGGUUCUCCGUGAAAAACAAGCCGAAGAGCUAGAAAAGGCCAUUCAAGCUGAAAAGCUCAAGCUACAAGAACAAUACGAAAAGGAAAAUGGAGACGGAGCCACUAGUGCAACCUUUGGUACGAAUCUUAGUGGGGAAACAGGUUUCACCGCGGCUUUUGCCAAGGAAGAAAUUCGGUUGAGGGAAGAAUUCGACUUACAUAAGGAAGCCAUGGGCAAGGUGCACAAGGAUGAAGUGGAUACCAUGAAACAAUGCUUGACUCAUUUGGAUGAGCUUCAUACAAAGCAAGUUGAGUUGGCCAUGUUGGAAUCACUUGAAAACGACGACAAUGCCGAUGAGAUUGUCUACUUGAAACAGCAGGUGGACUUCAUGCUUGAAUCCAAUCUAUUGCCGGAAGGAGAACCUGACUUCCCGGCACCAACCAACUUUCAAAACAAGCUUGACGUCUGGAAGGUGAAGCACCAACAAGCACUGCAAGCCACCAGUAAACAACUCGUGGACACGCAAGUGCUUCCAUUGAAAGAGCAACUUGAGUCUGUUCAAAAAGACCUCGAUCAGUUGGAAAUGAAUCUGUCCGAAGCUAUAACAGAGCGAGACCAAGUUGUCGAUGUCCAAGUGCUUCCAUUACGCAAUCAACUAGAAUCGGUUCAAAACGAACGAGAUCAACUUGAAGCUGAUUUGUUGGCUUCCAAAACAGAUAGAGAUCAAGUAGUGGAAACGCAAGUGCUUCCAUUGCAAGAGAAGCUGAAGUCUGUACAAAAUGACCGUGACCAGAUGGAACUGGAUCUGACAAUUGUCAAAACCGAGCGGGAUCAAUUGGAAAUCGAUCUGUCAUCGUCGAAAAAAGAAACCGAGCUAGCAAAGCAGGACUCACAAUCAAUGGAAACUGCUAACAAGAAAGCGCUGGAAGCUCAGCUAGGUCCAUUGCAACAAGAUUUGGAGGCGACCAAGGAGGAACGAGAUCGGCUGCAACGAGACUUGUUGCAAACCCAAGCAAAAGUGGAAGAAUUGGCCCAAGCAGUGGAGAAGCUACAAGACGAAAAAACGGAAAUGGAGUCAAUGAAAGCAGAGCUGAACAACAAGUUAGCUGAAAUUGCCAAGUUGCAAGAAGAGAAGGCUGGCGUUGAAACGAGAGUACAGGAACUUGAGGUCAUGAUGAAGGACUUGGAAGUAAGCCAUUCCAAAGAUGUCGAGGAAGUCGCUAAAGGGUCAGAAGCCAAGCUCGAAGAGCUGCAAAAUCAACACAAAAACGCCUUGGAAGCAGCAACUUCGAUGAACAAAGAAUUGGAAUUGACCUUGCAAGAGACUCAAACGAAGAUAGCCGACAUGGAAGCGAAACACUCCCGUGACCUUGAAUCGGCCAAGCUUUUGCAGGAAAGCAGCAGUGGAGCCGAGGAGGGCUUGGAAGAAAAAUUGGCUUUGAUGGAGUCCAAGGCAGAGGCAGAUCGCGCUGAUUUCAAUCGCAUGGUCAAGGAAGUCCGAGACGCGCACACCAAGGAAAUUGAAGAGUUGAUAAAUCAAUUGGAUCUUGUGGUCGAAGAGCACGAAGAAAAAUUUAAGGAGAAAGACAAGGUCAUCAAGGACAAGGAUGCCGUGAUCUCUGCUUUGGGGUCACAGCUUGCUGAUGUUCAAAAUCGCCUCAAUGAAAUGAGCGAAAGCACUUCGGGGCUCGAAAAUAAACUCGAAAACAUGAAGAAAGAGAUUGCGACUUCUCGUGCCGAAGCCGAGACCAGCAAGCAGGAUAUCAUCCUGCUGAUGGAAGAUCAUGACAAGGAAAUGGAACGACAAGCUGUCCUCCGAGAGGAGGCCUGUGACGAGGCCAGAGAGGAGAUGAUUCAACGUGCCGAAGUUCGAUACGACGAAGCAAACCAACUAUUCCGAAAUCUGAAGAAGAGAUUUGAUGAAGCUAAUGGUAGAAUCGCUGAUUUGGAGGGAGAGUUGAAGAGCGCAAAGAAGCAAUCAGACGAUUUCAAGAGAAAACAGGAUGCCCAAGAGCGACAACUUCGAGAAGACCUUGCACAAGCGAAGGCGAAGAUUGCAACGAGUGAUGCGAACACAGCAAGACUGGAGCGCCAGUACAAGGGAGACUUGGAACACGCACUGCAAUCGAAGGACGAGAUGCGCAUGCAACUCGAAGAGACUAGAGCAACUAGCCAGCAGAUUCAAUCUACUCUCGCAGCUGUUGUGGCGGAGAAGGAGAAGCUUACAACCGAAUUCGUCGAAAUGAAGGCUGUCUGCGAAGAGCUUAUGGCGAUAGUCGAAGGUAGUGCAGCAUCUGCAUAA